AUGGAUUACACCGAGGAGAACGUAUUCAACAAUACAGAGUGCCAUAUAGGACUCCAGGGAACUAUAAUCAACUAUGGGCAUAUAAACACUACCAACGACCAUUAUCUGUCGGGGAGGCUGGAUGCAAGGAAAAGAGAGAUUCUACGGGAGCUCUACAAGACAUCAUAUCAAGAUCACAAAGAGCGAAAUAUAGAUCGAAUCCCUGGGACAUGUGAGUGGUUUACAACUCAUAAGCGCUUUCGAGAAUGGCAAGAGAACAAGUCGUCAAAGAUGCUUUGGGUAUCCGCGGAUCCUGGGUGCGGGAAGUCGGUUCUUGCAAAAUAUCUGAUUGAUUCCGUCCUUACGACUACCGAAGAUAGAACGAUAUGCUACUUCUUCUUCAAAGAAGACUUUGAGGAGCAAAAGAGUAUUAUGAAUGCACUUUGCUGUAUUCUGCAUCAACUGUUUAAGCAAAAAAGUGCUUUACUCUCCGAAACGAUCUUCAAAAAGUUCGAGGUUAGUGGUGAAGGUUUCACCAAUUCAUUUACCGAACUUUGGGGGACUCUUCUUAGUGUUGCGAAGGAUAAAAACGCAGGCGAAAUUGUCUGUAUUCUUGAUGCAAUCGAUGAAUGCGAAAAUUACGGAAGGUCUCAGCUCAUCAAGGCGUUACGCAAACUAUAUGGUACUAGUAGUGACCUCAAUUUGAAAUUUCUUUUAACUAGUCGACCUUACCGGGAGAUUCGAAGGGAUUUUCUGGGGAGUCCAGAGUCGAUCAUUCAUCUGGCUGGAGAAAGUGAGGUUGAGAUGGAUAUGAUUUCUCGAGAGAUUGAUAUUUUUAUCAAAGCAAGAGUGCAGGAUAUCGGAGCACGACGGCAACUUAAAAUCAAAGAUCAAAAAUUAUUAUUACAAAAGCUUAUGGAAAUUCCUAACAGAACGUAUUUAUGGGUCUAUCUCACACUAGACUUAAUCGAGAGCGACAUUUAUAUCGACAAAAUUGGAAUACUCAACGCUAUUACUCAGGUCUCGAAAACAAUUGAUGAGGCAUACGAGAGGAUUCUAUUUAAGAGUCGCGAUGUUGAAAAGGCUAAAGAACUGCUACAAAUCGUAAUUGCAGUGGCACGACCUUUAUCUCUAAAGGAGAUGAGCUUAGUGUUAGCUCUUGGAGAUAAUCAUAUGCGUCAGUCUUAUAGCGAUCUUAACCUUGAAUCGGAGGAACAAUUUCGCGAAUAUAUAAGAGAGCUCUGUGGAUUCCUGAUAACAAUUAAAGAUUCGAGGAUAUAUUUGCUUCACCAAACUGCAAAGGAGUUUUUUGUUCAGAAUAACAUAUCGAAUUCCACCAAGGGCGAUCUUAAAUGGAAAUACUCGCUCCAACUGCAAGAUUCUCACAGAGUACUCGCCAAGAUCUGUACCCAGUACCUACUCUUUGAAGAAUUCGAAGAUCCUCCUCUUGAAGAUUCGAUGCUGCCUGAAUAUAUCGGGAACUACGUUUUUCUUGAUUACUCCUCUAAAAACUGGACAACUCAUCUCCACGAAUCCCAGCUGCAGGUUGAGCUUGAUGAAACAGAGAUACAAUAUAUUUUGAAUUUAUGCGAUGCAAAUUCAAAGCGUUGCUUAACUUGGUUCAGAAUCUAUUGGACGAGCACAAAUACAGACUUCCCGAAGAAUUUCACCAACAUUAUGAUCGCAUCCUAUUUUGGACUUACAGCAGGAGUAAUACGUUUGCUCGAGAUGGAUAUCAGCAAUAGCAUUGACCUAGAUUCUAAAGAUGACGUAUAUAGACGGUCAGCAGUAUCUUGGGCCGCAGGAAAUGGGUUUGAUGAUAUUGUUGAAUUAUUAGUGGGAGGUAUUGGUGGUCGCUGGAACUCGAGGGCAAUCUCAAUACCAUUUAGAAAGGGAGCUCAAGUCGACUCUAUAGAUAAAGAUCGCCGAACACCUCUGGUGCAUGCUGUUUGGGGUGGGCAUGUAGCAGUUGUUAAUUUACUCCUCAAAGCAGGAGCCCGCAUUGAUUUGGAAGAUAACGUUGGGGGGACGCCCCGGGUUUAUGCCAUCUGCAGUGGACGCCAUGAUAUAGCGAGGCUAGUUUCCAAGGAAGACACCGGGACAGACGUAGGGGACGGUGAAAUUGCGUCACUACUUUGGUCUGCUGCAUCAAAGGGCCAAGAGGCCGUUCUUAAACUAAUGCUUAAAACAGGCAUAGUCGAUCCUGACUUAAAAGAUAGAAGGAAGCAGACACCACUAUCAAUUGCAGCAAAAAACGGCCACGAAACCGUCAUUAGAUUACUGCUUGAAACAGGUAACGUCGAUCCUGAUUCAAAAGACUUGAACGAACGAACGCCGCUAUCAUACGCAGCAAAAAAUGGCCACGAGGCUACUGUUUUACUACUACUUGAGACAGGCAAAGUUGAUUCUGACUAUAAAGACCGGUCCGGACGGACGCCGCUAUCAUAUGCAGUAGAAAAUGGCCACAAAGCUAUUGUUCUACUGCUACUUGAGAUAGGCAAAGUCGAUCCUGACUCCAAAAACAGUAAUGAACUGACGCCGCUAUCCGAGGCAGCAAAAAAUGGCCGCGAGGCUAUCGUUAAACUACUACUGAAAACGGGCAAAGUCGACCCUGAUUCAAAAAGUCGUCAGAAAAAGACACCAUUGUCACAAGCGGCAGAGAAUGGUCAUGAAGCUGUUGUUAUAGUACUCCUUGCGACAGGCAAAGUCGAUCUUAACUCAAAAGAUUGGAACGGAUGGACACCGUUAUCACACGCCGUAGAGAGAGGGAACUUGACCAUUGUCCAGGCCUUGCUUGAUGGAGGGGCGAAAACAGAUAACAAGUAUUCUGUUGUAGGUGAAUCCAAGAUACCUACAUCGGCUGUUGGUUAA